GAAGCUGUCCGUGGCGCGGCUGCAGCGGGAGGUCGCGCAGAGCAAGCGGGAAGGAGCCAUGCGUGAGAAGCUGAUACAUGAGUUGGAGGAAGAAAGACAUUUAAGACUUGAGAGUGAAAAAAGAUUGCGGGAGGUAACGCUGGAGUCAGAGCGUAGCAGAGCUCAGAUGCGUGGGCUGCAAGAACAGUUUUCCAGAAUGGAGGAGACAGUGAGAAAUCUACUGCAGCACCAAGGAUCCCCGGGUCAGAACGGAGAAGGAACUGUCAGUAUCAUGAAGGUGUAUCAGGAAAAGCUGUCAGAAGACAGUGGGAAAUGUAAAGAAGCUAUGGAAAAAAAUCACGUGGCAGUAGAUGAAGAUUCAAGAAGUGAAAGCAGCAGUACCGAAGAGGAAAAAGAAAAGACAAAAUUGCUAUUAGAGCGUUUGAAGGCUCUGGAGGCAGAGAAUUCAGCACUGGCUCUGGAAAAUGAAAGUCAAAGAGAACAAUAUGAAAGAUGUCUUGAUGAGGUAGCUAAUCAGGUUGUCCAGGCUCUACUUACUCAAAAGGAUCUGAGGGAGGAAUGCAUAAAGCUGAAAACGAGAGUUUUUGAUUUGGAACAACAGAACCGAACGUUAAGUGUGCUUUUCCAGCAGAGAGUCAAACCAGCCUCUGACCUCCUCCUUCAGAAACUCCAUUCACGCAUCUUAGAUCUCUCAUCUGGGGAUUUGCUUUCAGAAGUAGAAAGAAGCAGAAGCUUGGUGCAAUCACGAACUGCUGAUGCUCAGAUUCAUGAAUGCCAGCAGAGUGUGAAAUCCAGUAUACCUGUCUUGAAGUGCCAGAGUCAAUUAAAUAUGACAGGUCCUAGCCGCCUGUAUCCCCGGAGCAGCUGCAGCAGCAGUGAACUCUCCCUCUCAAGUGCUUGCAGUGAAUAUUCCAGUGGUUCCUCCUACACUUGGAACGAUGGGAAAACAUGCAGCAAAAGGUCAUCCAUAAGCUGGGAUAAAAGAAUAAGCAUUGGUUCUUCUCUGCCAAGCAACCUCUCAAGUCCUGCAGAUGAUCUACCUCCAACUCGUAUCAAGGAAAACCAUAUCUUACGAGGGCUGAAGAAAUUACAGAAACAAAAAAUAUUACUUGAGUCACCUUCAGUAAUGUCAAAAUGGGGUUACAAAGAUUGCAUGAACUCCAACGAAGGAAUAUAUUCCCCUGGAGUUAAGUGUGGCAGCCAUAAAGAACAGACUCGUUGUAAGCCAAUGGAAAUGGGAAAUAUUUGCAUUGAACAUAACAAAACUUUCUCUUAUGAUUCAGAUUCACAUGACGACAUAGAUGACGACUCUUCAUCUUUACUGCUGCUGCAAGAAGCACCAAGCGAAGACUGCAGGAUCUGUUGUAACAAAUUAACUCACAGUGUUUCUGACAGUCUAUUUGAUUGGGACCCUAAUAGGAAACAUUUGCCUGAAAGAAGCUCAUAUUUUAAUUCAAAAGAAAGACCUGAAAAAUUGACGAGUUUUGUCAAUGGAUUUCAGGCAGAGGUAAAAUCAUGCAGUAGAGCAGAGCUGCCUGAGUUACAGUUAGAUCAAAGCCUUGUUAAUAUAGGCUGGAAGGACCUUAAUUUUCAGCUUUCAGAUACUGAUGACAAUGAAGUCUUGGAUGAAUUGCAUAUAGAGAGCAGUGAUGAGAGAAGUCCAUCAGAUUUGUUAGCAACUCCUUUUCCUGAGAAGUACACGAAGAAAGCUGACACGCUUGCAGUGACAGAGAGUUCUCGGUUUGUAUCUACCGACAAAGAGGAAAAACAGUUAUCUGCUCACUCAGAUAUUAGGCCAAAGACAUGUAAUUUUGUUAAACAACAAAAGGUCAUAAAGAAGACCUCUUCUGAAGAGUGCAUUACUGUAGUAUUUGAUGCUGAGGAUGGUGAGCCUAUUGAAUUCAGGUCACAUCAAACUGGAGUUGUCACUGUAACAAGAAAUGAAAUUUCAAUCAACCAGCCACAAACUAGGUCCAGUGCAGAAUAUACUGAACUUAUACCUCAGGGAAUAACUGAUUUGCAGACAGGAACCGGUGUUAGAAAGUACACUGCUUUAGAAAGACCUGAAGAUGAAGCUGAGAAAAGGUCUCCUGAAGAAAACAUAGGGAAUAAAAAUGCAGUUGUCCCCAUGACCUGCAGCGAAUCUUCACGCUGUGGGAGAGCGAUAUUGCAAAAUGCUCCACAACAAAAACUAGUGAAGCCAGUGUAUGAUAUAGCAUACAAGGCCAAUCCCAGCUCCACUGGGCAUGCAGGAAUCAGUCAAAAGCCAAACUUGACUAAAAUACCCAGCAGAGGGAAAUUUUCUCCUCAGAAAAACACGAUGACAGACAGUGAGGAGACACCUGUAACCGCAUCAGUGGGCCCUGCAACCCUUGAAAAAUCACCUGCUCUGCCACCUGUAAAGCUUUCAAGAUUGAAAAAGGCACAAAGUCCACCUCGUAAUUUUGACUCAAAAGUCACCUUCCAGCUCCCAAAGCCCCUUGCCCACCCUCUGCCUGGCCCAAAGCCUCUGGGCAGAGGUGAUGGGACAAAAAACCCAAAGAGUCAGAACCCAGGAUCACCGCUAUUGCCUCAGCACCUUAUAGAGCCCAGCGACUACGGAGAACCUCCCACUAGAGAUAUUCACUGCAGUCCAGCAACUGUAGACACCCAAUCACCUUCACCACCCCUUCCUCCAGGCAGGUCAACUUCGCUGCUAAUUAGGCCUAAUUAUGCUCAUUCACCACCUGUAUGUGUAAAGUUAGGAACAGCGGGUUCCAGUGAAAAAGCAAAAAAUUUACUUAAAUCAUCACCGUUAACAGGAACUGUGAACUCUGGCUUUCAUAAUCAAUCUAGUCAUGAAAUGCAAGCAAAAAAUGUAUCCUCUGGGGCCAAAAUCGAAUCAUCUUACCUUCAAGAAAAUGCAGAAGCAAUUAUGCAAAAUAAAUGCAUAUCUCAGCAACCCCAUAGCACAUGCCAAGGGCUUUCCAAAGUUCCCACAAAGCAGGUUUGCCCAAAAAACCCUAAUCAGCUGGCUCUCUGCAGGAAUCGUGAAUUUUCCAACACAGAUUUUCGAACAGCCAGGUCUUUUUCUCUAGGUUGUCCAUCACUGGAAACAACUUCUUCACCAGACACACACGCUAGCAAAAAGGAUACUUCCAGUGACAGUGGGGUAGAUCAGCCACAAAAGAUGCCAAACGUUCUCCCCGCAUCCUCUCAGCGUCACGCACCGAGCACAAGCGAGCCUUUACUAUCUCAGGUAAACAGUUCCCCGUUGUCAACGCUGUUUCACGGUAACGACGCUGCAAAUGCUACCCAACACUCUAAUGAGAAAGGGAUGAAAACCCGUCGCCCUGUAGGACUGAAAUUAUUUGUCAGAUCUCCCCAGCUUCUCCGAAAGAGCUCUACCGUACCGGGGAAGCAGGAGAAAGACAGUAUAAACGCAGCUUCCAAAAGCAAUGUGUGUCCAAGUAAGUACAAGCAGGAUGAAUCUAUGUGUAUAAGCACCAGAGGCACAAUGGACACUGAAUUAAAAGACUCUAAGUCUGAUACUGAAAUAAAAGAUAAUUUUACCAUGGGACUUAGUAUGGGUACAGCAUCACCUCAUUCACAUGAAAACUGCAGCUUGGUGGUAGACAGAGUAGAUGGAUUAGAAAACAAAUCAGUUAAGAAAUCUGUUUCUUCUAGCAACAAGUCACACUUGAAACCAGCUCUGGGCAUGAAUGGAGCAAAAGCACGUAGCCAGAGUUUUAGCGUUCACAUAGGGGAAAAGCCACCUGCCCUUGUGACAGAAGGUCUUGGGAAGGUACGGACUCAGAUUAUUACAAACACCUCCGACAGAGGAAAUUCUCUAACAAGGCAGAACUCGGCCAUGGAAGGACUUCAAAUCAAGGCCGUUCCCGGCUCGGCAGGGGCAUCAGAGACUCUUUCAACUGUUCCUAAACCCGCAGAAAAUUCUUAUCCUAGACAGGGUUCUCUGGGAAAUACGAGCAAUUGCAGCAGCCAGCGUGGAAGCCCAAGCAAACUGCCGUUCAGAUCACCUCCAAGACUAGACUUGUUUCACAGCGUUUCAAAAUGCGAGGGAAACAAACCACUUGCUCAGAAAGAUGCGCACAUAUCUGUCCUGGGUGAGAAAAGCAGUGACAAUUUUGAACACGAACCUCUAAAUAAAAAAAGCGUUCUCCAAGCAGAGCUGGAAUUUGAGGCGUCAGCUACUGUUUCUUGUGAGCAAAUUCCGCCCUUGAAGAACAUGGAUGGGAUACAGUGUCCUCAGAAGCUUGAAGCAGUGAAGUCGCAAAGACAGCAAAUGUCUUUACAGUUAGCAGAAGCCUCUGAGAAGGUUACCGCUGUUUUGAGUUCACCUGCUCUACAACCUACAAUAGAAGAGAAGGUCAUGUUAUGCAUCCAAGAAAAUGUGCAAAAGGGUCAGGGACAGAACAAAUCUCCCCCUGCAGAGACUAAGCAAAGGACUGGGCCCUCUCUAGCGAGUUGGUUUGGCUUUCGGAAGAGUAAACUGCCAGCACUGAGUAGCAGGAAAACUGAUGUUCCUAAAACAAAGGUAGAAAAAAAAGAAGCGAAAGUCUCUGGGUUUGGAAUUAAGCAGGCAAGAUUAGAGAAAAAAAAGGAGAAGAAGAAAACUGAACACCACUGUGAAAUGGAAAAUGAAGUUAACAGGAAAGCAGACAAUGGUGACAGAUUAGAUGAUGUUUUGAAGAGCAGAGGUAUGAAAGCUUCCCAAGACAUGCCUGGCCAAGCUGGGUGUGAACAAGCCAAGGGCUCCACCACAGCUGCAUACUCCCCAAAAGACAGUUUUAUGAAAGAGCUUUUAAACAGGAGUGUGUCGAAGGGCAGCUCCCAGGGCUCCUCUCUUCACGACAACUCUAUCAGCUCUCAAGGAAACCACAAGAAAAACAGCAAAACAAAAGCUGAUAUGGAAAUCCAGAACCAGACCCUGGCUAAAGUAGUCACAGAAAACCUGCAAGAAGAAGAGGAGGACACCAUGGCAAGGACUACAUGUCAGAGUCAUGUAAUAGAGUCUUGCUGCCAGAUGAGGACACUGGACAGCGGGAUCGGCACCUUCCCCCUCCCCGACGCGGGAGCCCGGGCGGCCGGGCGGCACGUUUCCAAGCACGACGUCCUUGCGCUGCCGGAGCAAGUUCCUCUUUCAGCUCCUUCGGUAAAAGCCAAAACCCUUGAGCGAGAAGUGCCUUCAGCCGCCAAGAGCCAGGAAGCUGCCGAAAGCGUAAUUAGUCACUCCACAUCGGACCCAGCCAUGACCGCCAAGGGUGUACGACCGUUUCAAAGUCGCCUUCCAAAACCAGCUUCCUCAGGAAUCGUUAACUUUGGAAAGCAAAAUGGACAAGGACCAAGUUCUGACACCGCUGCCUCUUUCGAGCAUUAUGAAGAAACUGUAGAAACUAGAAAGGUACUUCCAGAUUGGACUUGCAAGAAAACUACUAAAGCAAAGGACAGAGCGCUGAGAGUAUGUACUUACUCUGCCAGCAGCAGUGACACUGUGACGGAGCCAGACUAUGAAACAAAUUAUUUUAGAGCUGCAGGAGAGAAGUUAGUAGAGUUAACAAAGAACAACAAACAAGGGGAUCAAGAAAAAGAAAAUCAGAGGAAGUCUUUUCUGGGGAACCCAAUGUCAAUCUUGGAUUUAUACCAGCACAGUCUCUAUGGCCAUUUUGGAGAGGAUGGCCCUGAACAGUUAGCACACUACAGUCUAAUUGAGCAGCUGAGUGGAGCUUCCAGUAAAGACAGCAAGGGCAAAGAGAGCCCGCAUAAAUCGAAGCAAACUGAAGAAACAAAAGAAGAUUCUCAGAACAGAUUAUCUCAAAUUUCCCUGGAGUCUCUCAAUAAAUUUAACAGCAAUAACGUACUUUUAUUAGAAAAAGAGAAGAACUGCCUGAACGAGGUUGAAGGACAAAAGGAAGAAAAUGGAAAGAAAGAAGAGGCUUCCUUAAAUAGCUCAGAUAGGCACGAGGUAGACAAUUUAGAAUCCUUGAGUGAUUCUUUAUACGAUAGCUUCUCCUCUUGUGCCAGCCAAGGCUCUAAUGAUGUAUAAAGACACCUUCCAGUGGGCUGUGAAUGGAGCACUUAAGGAGCUGAAAGAAAGUGGGAAGUGAAAGGGGGGAGAAGAGACAAUUGUUGAAAAUUCUCACUCUAAAUCUUUGUAUUCACAGCAGGGUAUUCCUGACUUUUUUUGUCAUGACACAGCAAUAAGAAAGGCAAGAAUGCAUUCAUCAUGAUGCGUGAGACUGAAAAUUGAACAGAACUAGCUGUUCCUCAAAAAAAAAAGGUCUUAAUUUUGCACUUUUAUGAAUAUUUGUAUAGAUGUAAAUAUUUUGGAAAAAUAUAUUUGUAGGGAUAAAUGACAGCAAUAAAUUUUAAAUCGGUGCUAUGCUCCUGUAAUGGCAGAUUACUAACUUAAAGGCAUUGAUGUUAAUAUUAACAAGAAAAGUUAGUGGAUAAAAAAAAAAGAUUUAUAAUUGUUCUAGUCUUAAAACUGUAUGUAGAAACACUGCGUUACUAUAAACCUGAGCCUGCCAAAUUGUCCGUAAUAAACUUUCUUGGUCUCCCUUUUACAAAACGUCUUUUAUUUUUCAUUUUUAGUGCAAUUUCAUGUAUGUUCUCUAGGGAGGUGUGCAUUUUAGUUUUUACAAUUUCACAACAGGUGUCUUAUUUCAAAACGUUUUUAACUUUUGGCACAGUCAGAAAAUGAACAGGUUAGAAGGCCUGGUCCUGCUAGUACAUGUACAUUUGAAUAGACUUCAUAAAUCAUGUGCGUAACUAUUUGAAAGAUCAGGGUCAAAGUAAUUCACUGCUCAAGCAAAUGAGAGUCAUGUAUGAAUGAGAACUACACAAACUGGCCUUUAAUUUUGAGUGCAGCACAGUUUCUCUACUUCCACCUCUUCUGUAAACAUUUCAUAUGAAUUUCUGAAUGUAGCAUAUUGUGUUACCUUUUGUAGUCCCCAAUUUGGUCUUAAUUACUGUUAAAAAAAAAUUGAAACUCAACUCCUACUUGUGAGAUACUUUUAAAGGAUGUUGGUGCUAACCAAUACUAGCUCAAACAUAUCUAGGAGCAGGGGGAUUGGUGUGUAUUGGGUUUUUUUUUUGUUUUUCUACAAAAACUGUUUAUAUGUAAGGGAAAGUCUAUUUCAAAGGUUCUGUGUAUUUUUUCUAGUUGUGAAGUAUUUAUAACUGCUUUUUGUACAGCAAUCUGUAAACUAGAUAUAUUUGGGAUAUUUCUAGACUCUACAGUUUCUUUAGCACAUGCCUGUUAAUCUUUGAAAUGAUAUUGUAUGAUCAGUGUUAAUAUUUUGUGCAAUUUGUUACUUUUAAAGUAAUUUCUGCCAUAAACUUGCAUUGUCUUUUUUGACUUAAGAAAUUUCCAUCGGAACAUCUUUCUUA